CUAGUGGGGAAAUAUAAUCAUUUUUACUUCAACUACAUUUCCCAUAAUCCUCCAUUAGCAAUAACUUCCGGGUCAUUAAUAGUGAACAUUCGGGUCGCUUUUUAGCCGGCAAAUGUUAAGUUCAGCGGGAUAGGGUUCACAAUAAAUACUUAACCAAGGAUGGACCUGGGCAAGGCCAAGCUGCUGCGAAGCGGCGUCAACACGCUGCACCAGGCCAUCCACCCCAUGCACGGCAUCGCCUGGACCGACGGCAGGCAGGUGUGCCUGACGGCGCUGUAUUUCAUCCACGGCGAGGUCAAGUUUGGCGACACCAAUGUGAUUGGGCAGUUUGAGCACGUCCUGGGCCUUUUUUGGGGGCCGCUGUGCUGCUCGGACUCGCCCGCCCUGCUGGCUGUGCAGCACAAGAAGCACGUCAGCGUCUGGCAGCUGCAGCUGAGCGCGCUGGAGCACAACAAGCUGCUGUGCACUCAGACCUGCGAGAUGAGCGAGCCCUUUCCACUGCUCCCUCAGGGCUGCGUCUGGCAUCCCAAACUGGACAUCCUGGUCCUCUUGACCAAGAGGGAUGCGUCUGUGCUGUUUUCCGUGAGAGUGGACAACAGGAGAACCAAAGCAGACAUCAAAGGUAGUGGACUGAUCCACUGCGCUUGCUGGACUAAAGAUGGCACCCGGCUUGUGGUGGCCAUUGGCAGCGAGCUUCACUCGUAUGUCUGGAACGACAUCCACAAGAGCCUGGUGGCUUGCUCCUUCUGCCCCAUCUUUGACGUGGGGGGUUACAUCUGUGCCAUGGAGGCCACGGGGCCCUCUCAGGUUGCUGUGGCGACAGAGCUGCCUUUGGAAAAACUUUGUGGGUUGAACGCCGGCAUGGCCUUCGAGAUGCCAUCAGAAGCAGACCCGUCGCAGAGCCAGACUAUGGACAAUGAGCCCCCUCUGGACUCAAGGAGACGAUCCUUUGACUCAGAGAGGUCCCACACAACCAGCUUGGGCCCUUUGGACCUCACUCACCUGCUUGCCAAGCACCGCCGUUCAGACCCCAGUCCCCUUAUUCACUUUAGACGCAAGGACGCGGUAACGGGCUCGGGGCAGGACUCAUCGCACCUAGUAUUGAUCACAUACGAACGCAAGGUCACCACCACCCGUAAAGUAAGCAUCCCCGGGAUCCUGGUGCCGGAUAUCGUGGCUUUUGAUCCACAGGCUUCCACCGUGGCUGUGGCGUCCAACACUUGCAACAUGGUGCUGGUCUACUGCAUCACACCGUCUGCCAUGCCCAACAUCCAGCAGAUCUCCUUACAGGCCACUGACAGGCCCAAGGGGGUGUGCUUCCUCAGUGAAAAGGUGCUGCUGCUGAUGGUGGGUCGCCAGAAGUCCACCGACCCCGCCUUUCUCCCGUCCUCCAACACGGAAAAAUACAUCCUUCGCCUUUUAGCUAAAGAGUUGAUGUGCGACAGGGAGGGUGCCAUCUCGCCGACCCCCUCCUCUCUCAACCCGGAGUCUCGGAUUAGGAGGCAUUCGGAGCACGUGUCCAAGGAAGACAGGGAGCGCCCGGGCAUAAAGGAAUUUGUGUUGCCUGGCGCGGGCGUUGCCCGUUCACCCGGUAGCAGGCGCCGGCUGGUAGAGGAGGUGAGGAGCGGCGACGUCAGUCCCGUAGCCAGCUCCGUGGACUUCUCUUCUUCGGAAAGAACCCAGUCCUGCGAAUCCUCUUCCGUCACGGUCGAGAACUUUGACGCCAACCACAUCAACCGUGUGGCCAGCCUGGCGGUGGCCAGCCAGACCAGCAGGGAACCCGGCCGGGGUGUGUCGCCUCGCCUGGACCUGAACACAGAGGUGCCACCACCCGUCCAGGAGAGGGUCGGAGGGGUGGCUGCCUCAGGCCGGGAACAAGCGCUGGAGCAGCUAGUCUGCAACAUGGAGCGGUUGUUUACUCGCUUUGCGGACAUGCAGCAUUGCCUGAGUGAGAUCCGGGACUACACGCAGAACGGGAAGAAGGUUCUGAGCACAUACCCCAGCACUGGCGAGCCCCCUUACGUCAACGUCACAUGUCAGAAACAGCUUUCAGAGAACGUGUUCAUCGACGAGCGGAGGCCGGUGCUGCUGUGCGAUGGCAAGUUGUGUCUGCACGCCGUGCAAGAGCUCUUCAACCUCAGCAUUGUGGAGAUGCUGCACGGCCCUCUGUGGAUCGUCUUGGUGGCGGACGCAGACGGAUUUGUACCCCUGACGUUCAAACCCAAAGAGGAGCUCACGAUACGUAAUGGCAAGCGUAAAUCCACACUGCGCACCCCCGGUAGCCCUGAGACCUCCUGCCCGUCCAGUCCAGCCCCCAGUCACAAUCCCAGCACGAUGAUGGCGGAGGCCUCCACGUAGUCGUACCCGGCCUGACUCUCGGCUGGCACAAUGAUGCCGAACAACAUGGAAGACUUUUUUUUUUUUUUUCAGUAAAGACGUUUUAACAUUUCUCUUUGUUUCAUUGUUCAAAAGUGCAGCAACAAAAUUCUAAACGUGAGAUGACAAGGCUCGCUUUUUUUCAAUAAUAUUUAAAACCGUGACAGCAUGUCUUGGGGCGAGAGGCGGGGUCAACCCUGGACUGGUGGCCAGCCAAUCACAGGGCACAUAUAGACAAACAACCAUUCCCACCCACAUUCAUACCUAUGGACAAUUUGGAGUGGCUAAUUAACCUAGCAUGUUUAGCAUCAUUCAAAAAUCAAUUCAAUAUGGCAAUAAAGAUGUUGAGACAUAACUUCUUAAUAGUUGUACAAUAAAUGUAUAUAACCUGAGUAAGCAAAAUAGUCUAAAUAGCCACGCAGCGUUCAUUUGUAUUACGUCCAUUAAGCUAACUGCUAAUGCUAGCGUUUGCUAACAAACAUUACACGCAACAUUCAUUACACAAAAAAAUUAACGUUAAAAAAGAAAUAACAUAUUAAAAAGGUUUCUACAAUGGGCACAUUUUCCAAUUAAUAAUAGUUUAAGAGGCGGAAAUGUAGAAAACACGCAUUUUUAUCGUGGCGUUGAUAACAUGAAGCAAAGGAAAGCAAAGGAAAAAAUGGAACUGCCCUCCAGCAGUUCCAUUUUUUCCCUCUAUAACUAUCUGCUACAAGUGAACUGUUAACUUUUGUUAUAGAUAAAGGCAUCUUACCGCUGACUUAGUUUAUCCACAAUCGGAAUAAUAAAGAUGAAAGUUGCAUCUCUGUUUGUAGUUCGAGACGUCCGUUCACAACUGCCGCGAAGGAGAAAGAACGAAUCAGAAGGGGAGCUUAAUGUCAGCUGACUGAUGUCGCGUGACAUCUACAAAGUGACGUUUAUGCCCGCUGGGGGAAAACAGACCUGGCUUUACAGACGAUCUUUGACUACUGCAGUAAAUCCUCAAAGAGCAAUUUGAGGACGUUCACGUUAUUUAAUUAUCCAUAAUGAAUAUUUAUUACAAAUGACACAAAGACAAGCUAAUCACGAUGAAGACAUUUUUUUAUUGCAGGGACGUCAGAUUAAAAAACAGAUUUUCAUGAACAUUGUCAUCCUGGCGCUCCAUCCCAUUCCAAUCUGAUUGUCUCAACUUCGCUUGGUGUCCCUGACUGUCAUUCUCAUGUUUAAAAAAACGCCACUGGAUUGCAUCAAAUUUCCCUUUGGAGUCCAAAUACGAAAAGUAAACACCACAUCCUACCACCAGAGGGUGCAAUACAGGCAUGAAUGCACUGUGCUUUUGAACUAUUCAAUAAAAAAACAGUAUGCGUUUAUUAUUGCUACUUUCCUUACACACCUACGGUAUACCCUUCAUCUCCACAAAGUAACACACCACACAAUCUAUUCUGUGUCACAUUCAUCUCCUUCCUCCUUUUAACGGUGUCAUCAUAAAUAAAUAACAGUGUAGUUCAAGAAAAAGAAAUAAAAUCCUG